GAUUACAUUGUGAUCAAGUUUCUCCUCCCAUUGUACCAUUGAUUUGAGUUCAUUAUAGUCCAAUCCAGAAUCCAUGUUGACACUAUAGGUUGCUUUAUAUGUUUGUUUUCAUUUAAAUCACCCCUUAAUGAAGUGAAACUUAUGGUCUCUUAGAUGGUACCAACAUCCAACAGAAGUGGAAACAGUUUUGGUUUCUUGCAUUCUUGAAAAGCAGUCAGUUUUCGAAGUAAUCUCAGGUGUCAACUUCAAUCGCUUCAACAACCAUAUCUUAACUGCUUUACAGGAUACUGUUUUGUCUUUGGCCUUUUUUGUCUGUUCAAGGUUUUAUAUAUAAAAAUUUAUUUAAAUAAAUUAAUGAUUUUUUUAGGCUUUUUUAAGGUUUACAUAAACUACAAUAAAACCACCAACUCGUGCACAAAGCAGCCGUUAAACCAAAAGCAAGUCAUAGAAAUUGGACACUUGGUUUGCUAAAAGGUGAUCCACGUGGCCUUUUGAUUCCCGCACCUCUCUCGUUUCAACAAGAGGGCGCGUGCUUUCCAUAUUCAUCUUCUUCCUCUUCGUUUCUUCUCUCCCCCCCCUCCCCCCACCCACUUUCAUUUAGGGUUUAUUUCUUUGUUGAAUCUCCAAAUUACUAUACCCGUUAUUUGAUUUAGAAUAAAAGGCUAAGCAGUUGUGUCGUUUUGAGUUGGUAAUAAAUUUGUAAGUGAAGAAGAAGAUGGGUCAGGCAUUUCGUCGAGCAACUGGAAGGAUUGCUGCUUCUUCUCCUCCAACAAAAGCGAAGACCUCAGUCGAUCGGAAACCAUCUGUGAGCCCUACUGAAGAGGUCAAGAUCUCUCCCACUGCUGCUCCAUCCGACGGUCGCGAUCGUCCUGAUGAGAUGCAGCAAUACAAUGCCGACAAUGUGCUUGAAGAACGAGAUCCCAGAUAUGAUGAAAUGCUUGGUCAAAUGCUGGGAAGAAUUAGAACAAAACCUGGAGGGAAACUUGAGAUGGGUGAGUCCUCAGUGGGGGAAAGAGAUAAAAGACCAAUGCCAAAACUUCGAAACACAAAGCCAGAUUCUACUAGAUAUGAAGAAAGGCCAGCUCCGCCGGGAACCUUAAAUGUAGCACAGCUUCGCCACAUCAUGCUUCUGCAUCAGGGCAAGGCUGAGGAUCACAACGGACCUAUGGAUGCUAAUCAGAUUGCUGAAAAGUACAGACUCGAUGUCGUGCAGGUUAAGACGAUCUUGCAGUUUCUAGCAGUGCCAUCAGAAGACAGCAGUAACCAGGAAAAACCAACAGCGAAAGACUUGAGUACUUGACUUCCACUUCUGCAGUAUGAAUGUAAUUUUACACUGAAUAAGGCAUGGUGGUCAAUUUUGAAAAUUACAUGAAGCAACACCAGCUGAUAAAGUGGUUGAUUUUCUUCAUCAAUCAUCAUAUAGAACAAAAGAUACAAAAAUGUCUUUUGAGAUCAUUUCAUUACGUAGGCAUUAGGCAAUUUUGUAUAAUAAGCUUAUGUGUUUUUCAUUCUUUUCUUUUGGUCUUUUGGUGGGCUUGUCAAAGACA